ACACCAGUGACGCAGCUGCGCGCCAGCGCCACUGCCCUCCAGCUCACAGCCAGUGCCACUGCUCCCCCAUCACUCCACUCCCCCCUCUCCCUCACGCGACGCAGGCCUCGGCUGCCACCUUGCUGUAUAAAGACGGGCUCGGCCCGAGCGAGCCGGAGCCCAUCGUCGCCGCACCCACCGGCCCCACUCCACCUCGCCGCCGCCCAUGGAGUCCCGGUGGGUCAUCGCCUUCCUCCUCCUGUCCCUGCAGCCGCUGCUCGGCGCGUCGUACCUGCGGGCGAGGAAGAACUACAUCGUGCACCUCGACCGGAGGGGCGGCCCCGUCGACUCCCUCGAGGAGUGGCACCGCUCCUUCCUCCCGCGGACGGCCGCGCCCGAAUGGGAGGUGGAGCCGGACGGCGGCGCCGAGGACCACGGCCCGCGCAUCAUUUACUCGUACAGCGACGUCUUCACCGGCUUCGCCGCGCGGCUCACGGACGAGGAGGCCGAGGCGCUGAGGGCCACGGAGGGGUGCCUCAGGCUGUACCCGGAGGUGUUCUUGCCGCUCGCCACCACCCGCUCGCCCGGCUUCCUCGGCCUCCACCUCGGGAACGAGGGCUUCUGGAGCCGCUCCGGGUUCGGCCGAGGGGUGGUGAUUGGCAUCUUGGACACGGGGAUCCUGCCCAGCCACCCUUCCUUCGGCGACGACGGCCUCGAGCCGCCGCCCAAGACCUGGAAGGGCACGUGCGAGUUCAAGGCCGUCGCCGGCGGCGGAUGCAACAACAAGAUCGUCGGGGCGCGCGCGUUCGGCAGCGCCGCCGUCAACUCGUCGGCGCCGCCGGUGGACGACGCGGGCCACGGCACGCACACGGCCAGCACGGCCGCGGGCAACUUCGUGGAGAACGCCAACGUCCGGGGCAACGCCGACGGCACGGCCUCGGGGAUGGCGCCGCACGCGCACCUGGCGAUAUACAAGGUUUGCACUCGCAGCCGCUGCUCCAUCAUGGACAUCAUCGCUGGGCUGGACGCCGCCGUCAAGGACGGCGUCGACGUGCUGUCCUUCUCCAUCGGCGCGCAGUCCGGGACGCAGUUCAACUACGACCCCAUCGCCAUCGCGGCGUUCCAGGCCAUGGAGCGCGGCAUCUUCGUCAGCUGCGCGGCGGGGAACGCGGGCCCGGACCCGGGCUCCGUCGGCAACGGGGCGCCUUGGAUGCUCACCGUCGCGGCCGGCACCAUGGACCGCGCGAUACGCACCACCGUGAGGCUCGGCAACGGCGAGGAGUUCGACGGCGAGUCCCUGUUCCAGCCGGGCAACAACUCCGCCGCGAAGCCGCUUCCGCUCGUGUACCCCGGCGCCGACGGCUCCGAGACAAGCCGCGAUUGCAGCGUGCUGCGCGGAGCCGAGGUGAGCGACAAGGUGGUGCUCUGCGAGAGCAGAGGCCUAAACGGCCGCAUCGAGGCUGGCCAGACCGUGUCCGCGUACGGCGGCGUGGGCAUGAUCGUCAUGAACAGAGCAGCCGAAGGGUACACUACCUUCGCCGACCCGCAUGUCCUCCCUGCGUCGCACCUGAGCUACGAUGCCGGGACCAAGAUCGCGGCCUACAUUAACUCCACGGCCAACCCGACGGCGAGCAUCGCGUUCAAGGGCACAGUCAUGGGCGCGCUGCCGGCGCCGGCCGUUACUUUCUUCUCGUCCCGAGGUCCGAGCAAGGCCAGCCCGGGCAUCCUGAAGCCGGACAUCACGGGGCCGGGCAUGAACAUACUCGCGGCGUGGGCGCCGAGCGAGUCGCACACGGAGUUCUCCGACGGGGGCGUCGGUCUCUCUUUCUUCGUGGAGUCUGGCACGUCCAUGUCGACGCCGCACCUGAGCGGCAUCGCCGCACUCAUCAAGAGCCUGCACCCGGACUGGUCACCGGCGGCGAUCAAAUCGGCGAUCAUGACGACGUCGGACGCAGUGGACCGCACCGGCGUGCCCCUCAAGGACGAGCAGUACCGCCACGCCACCUUCUACGCCAUGGGCGCGGGCUACGUCAACCCCGCGCUCGCCUUCGACCCGGGCCUAGUCUACGACCUCCACGCCGACGACUACCUCCCCUACCUCUGCGGCCUCGGCCUCGGCGACGAGGGCGUCACCGAGAUCGCCCACCGCCCGGUCACCUGCGCCAACCUCAAGGCCACCACCGAGGCAGAGCUGAACUACCCGUCCCUCAUCGUCAACCUGCUGGCCCAGCCGAUCACGGUCAACCGCACGGUGACCAACGUCGGGAAGCCGAACUCCGUGUACACCGCCGUGGUGGACAUGCCCAGAGACGUGUCGGUGACGGUGCAGCCGCCGAUGCUGCGGUUCGCGGAGGCCAAGGAGAAGCAGAGCUUCACGGUGACGGUGCGGUGGGCGGGGCAGCCGAGCGUCGCCGGCGCCGAGGGCAACCUGAAGUGGGUCUCCGACGAUCACAUCGUGCGGAGCCCCAUUGUGGUUCCACCCAAGGCCGCGUAGUAAUUCUGCGACCGGCAGCAUGUAUAGCUCUAGCAUCGGUAGGCUGCUGCGCUUCCAUGGUUUUGCGCAGGUUGCAUGCAAACUGGAGCGGUUUUGUUCUGUAAAUAGCGCGAAUCAAUAAAAAUGUGUCUCCAGAA